GAAGAGGCAGCGGAACCGAUUGGCUGAGUUGCUUAUUGUCAAUUCUCUGCAGUGGCCAAAGGUAUCUCCUCGGGAUCCGAGUAUGAAUGACCGGAAUUGGCGUGGGAAGGGAGAGUAGAGCCUCCCCGAGCGCGCGCUGUGGCGGGUCUCCGAGAGCCUUUGCGGGGCCAGCGACCCCCAGGAGGACGGCAGACGCCAGAACUGCCACUAGCUACAGUAUGGAGAGAUCCUAACACUAUGGGGACCCCAGCCUCUAUUACUUGUGACUUGCCACAGAAUCAAAUCACCAAAAAAUGCACUCGAAAGAGAGCAUCUGCCAAUAUUUUCCAGGGGGUGGGGUUACUGCAGUUACGUCGUCUCUUCCAUAGCAGUGGGGAUAUGCAAGCAGAAGAACGAGCCCAACUAGUUUGGGAGCGUGCAGAGAGCCAGUGCAUUACUCGGGCUUUACAACAGCUCCACAGAAGGCAGAGAAAACUGAAGCUGCAAGCCAAUGUGAGGCCUCCAUCUGGAAAGGGCAGUAGUACCAGACUGCUAGAGCUACAACACUUCAGCCACUUAAGGAUUGAAGACUGUACUACAUCUUCUGCUGAUGUUGAUGGUGAUAGCAGGAAGGAGAUAGAGACAGCAGAUCAAAGCAGCCAUUGCCAUCACAUUGCUUCCCAACAUAGGAAGAAGGAAAAAGAGAUGGGUGUGACUACAUACACCAAUGAAAAAUGAUCCUAUUCUUAUGCCAGUGGUUGUGUCUAAGUGUAAACAGACUAGACUGGAGAAGCCUCAAAGGGAGAAUAUUUGACAAAUGAUUGCAGGUAACAGCAGAGAAAAUUGAAAAAAUCUUUUGCUCUCAAGCACUUUGGUUUGCUAAUUUAGACUUGAUCAGGUUGUUAUGUCAAAGCACAAACACUACAUAUUUUGACUAUUUAUGGUUAUAUUUAAUAAAGCUUCCUGUCUGAAGACACUC